AUGCUCGAGCUUCAUGCCAGACUUGAGUCUGGGGGUCUGCAUGCUUUCGAUCGGGCCUUCCUCGCUUCUUUGCUGAUAAGACUGUAUGCAAGGGCUCGGCCGAGCAAUCUUCUUUUCAUCGAGUCUGUCGAAAUCGAUUGCUCUGCAGGUGCCGAUUACCCUUUGCUGGUUUUUGAGGUGUCCCAGCAUAAGGGUGCGAGAAAGGUUCAGCUGAAGACCAGACUGCUGCCGAUCUUGGUUCCUAUGAUCGGAGUGCAUGGCAAGUGCUGGGUGGAUGAGGCAGUCACGGCCUUUCGUGAUGCAGGCAGGAGCUUGCGAGAUAUUAAGGGCCCGCUGACCUUGGGGGCCGUGCUCUCCCGAAGGUCGGUUACACCUGCAGAAGUAGGCCGUGCACUCCGGGCAUUUUUGGGAGUGCCCGAGGAGGCAGUGGACCCCGCAGCACCGAGGAUCACUGCCUUUUCCUUGAGGGGGACUUGCUUAGGUUGGGGUGGCAAGUUCGGAUUCGACGAGGACUUGAAGAGUGUCUUGGGCAGACAUGCGUCUUCGAUCCGGACGACGCAGGCCAUCUACAGCCGCGAGUUGUGCGCAGCUCCUGCAAGGCGAUUGCAGGACAUGAUCCGUGAGAUAGCUGAGGGCCGGUUCUUCCCGGAUAACAGUCGCUCGAGUUAUUUCCCAAGCUUGCCAAAGCCGAGGCCAGCAGAAGGUUCGAGUGCAGCCGGGGGAGGAAGCGGAAAGCCUGCUGAGGUUAAAGUCGAGGUGGUCAGCAGCGACGAGUCUGAUCAAGGACAGGAGGACUCGUCAGAGAGCGAUUCCUCUAGGUCGUCCUCCACGUCGUCAGCAGGGGAUGAUGCCCCGCCGGUGGUCAAGAGGUGGAGGCGGGCCAAGGUGGAAGAUGCGGACCAGGUGUGGUACAUCGACACUGUCAGUGGAGUCUUGCAUCUCCUCGCAAGUUCGGAAGAGGUGGGCCUUAGCCGUGAGACACUUCGGGCUUUCGCCGACCAUGGCAUCGAUACGCUGAGCAAGCUCGCUUACUCGUGCGGGCAGCCUGGCUCUCCUCUCCCUCAGACGGAGUUUGAUGAUUUCGUUGUAAACUUGAUCCCUACAGCUCUUUUGGGGGAGAAGGGCAGUGUCAAGAUGGAGAGAGAGGGGCAGCUGCGCUACAUUGCCCCCGAGCAGUGUGGUACAAGGAUGUAUGAGAUUCAGAACGUAAAGGCCCAGAGCAAAGUCCUUUCUCUUGAGGAGGGAAAGUUUGCCAUCUCCGAGGAGAAAGGGUUACCUGAAGUGGCAUGUGGCUCGGCAUUGUUGCUUCAGGAGGCCCUGAAGAGGAGAGGGGUCGCUUUGCAAUUUGCUGGUGUGGCUUCCUUCCUGGCACAUGAGAAGUACAUACAGAAGUUGUUCGCCCAUAUGGGGCGAGAGCCCCCGCCGGGGCAUGCUCGUACGAGUGUGCAUCAGUUGCUGACUGCAGACAAGCAUGUGUGGACGAAGAUGAUUGAGGAUGAGGUUUCGGCUAAGCGAGGCCCCGACGGUCGAUACCCGGUUGACGAUGCGCUGCUGCCUGCAUUGCAGUCGUAUGAUGUCACAGUGUGUUUGCUGCCUCGUGAGGCAGCUCGUGAGGGCAAGAAGCGGCCACCCCCGAAGAAGUUUGCACAAGAUCGCGAUCCGAAAAUCCCGAAAGGCGCGAUCCGCGCCCAGACUCCGGAUAAGAAGCGCAUUUGCGAAGUGAGAUGGGCCCCAUACCGGGGCACCCUCUACUGCGACAUUCUGCCUUUGAUUUCACUUUUGGAGAGUGAAACACCGAGCAGAGGUCUAAGAAAGCAUACGAGUGCUUUCCCAGCCUGUACGCGCUUGCUUUGUCAGCUUGUGCUUCGAGUUUUCCCAGAUGCAGAUUUUUCUGCUGUGGCAGUCUUUAAGUGGCAUGACCCUUUGAUCCUAGAGUUUUUCUCGGGAAACGGUCGUGUUACCGCCUGCAUGAAGCAGCUAGGCUCUUUGUCGAGAGUGGUUGCUUCUCCUAGGCUGGCUGGAAUUUUUGCAACUCCUCCUAGUCGUGGGUCGACCGCUGCAGCGGCCACUGCCUUUUUGGCCGAGCUCGUUCUGGAGGCAAUACCUAGAGGUGUCAUCUGUGUGAUAGGUGGGCAUAUUGAUGCUGACUACUGGCAGACGCCUUCUUGGGCUAACAUUUCUUCCAACUUUUCUUUCGUCUCAUGCCAUGACUGUGCUUACGAUGGCAUGCAUUUGAAGGCAACGGUGUUCGCCACUUCCAAUAGAACUUUUGAUAGGUUGCAUGUUGUUUUGCAGAAGCCUUCAAGCUCCAAGGUGCCGGCUUCCUGCAGCCUAGGCCCGAUCACUGACCUUUUGAGGGUUGGGUCUUGGGAAAUGGCCUGGGGGAUUCCCUGGGAACCUGAGGAAUUUAUGGAAGAGGCGAACUCGGCAACUCAUCCGAGGACACUGGACUCAGUGGUGCCUCAACCCCUCAAGGAAACUCUGGAUGCUUUGGAAAACAUGGAUGAUGCUGAAGUGACAGCCCUGCGUGCUAAGCUCAUAAAAGAGUGGAUGCACUUGGCAGUUUCCUUGUCUGCCGAAGAAGAUGCUCUGAAGUCGUCGAUGCAUCAGGAUGUGUGCUCGAUUACAAAGAGUAAGCGUAUUCUCUUGUGGGAAGCUCUUUUAGAAAAAUAUUCUUACCCCGACCCGAAGGUUGCUGCUAAAACGCAGAAGGAGCUUGAUGCAGGCUGGAUCGUUGGCCCCUUGCGAGAGUCCGAUCUAAGCGACGGGAUCCUGGUGAGUAGGAUAAGUCAUUCGCUUUGGUACAUCGGGACCAAGGCGCUCUUGUUGCCCUGGUCGUCGUUCUUCGACGACUACAUUACAUUCGCCACUGAAGGGCAAGCCAAGUCUGCUGAGCAUUCGGUCACGGCUAUGCUACGGCUGGUGGGGCAUUGUGGUCGAUUUAAGUUCGGUCCUUCGAGGUUCUGGCUUCAGGCCACCUUCCUCACCACGAGGACUGAGCUUCAGAGGUUUUCGUUGAGGUUGGAGAUUGAAGCCCCGCGACUGACUUUAGUGAUGAUCCGAAACGUUGCACUGCCGCUCAAGCUUCUGAUGUGGUCUGUCGUCGAGGCUUCCUUUACCUUUAACCUUGCCCUCUUCUCUGCCGGGUUGGGUUUUGGUUGCGUAGCCUGCUUUGGGUUCUUCUGGUUUUUCGUGCUGGCUCCGGCCUCUGCUCGGCCUGCCGAGGAGCCGGACCUGGACCAGGCAAUUACUGAGGUCCAAGAAGCCCUUGAGAGGCUUCGGCUUGCCACUUCUCGUGCAAGUGACAACUGGGAGGUGGUUGACAGCCCUCCCCUUGCUUUCCCUGCAGCGGCUGCGGCUGCCUCUGUUACCUUAACUCAGGACGGCUACCACUCCACUCCGCCCGCCGACCGUGCAACGCAAGUGCAGUGUAGGAGUGUCCCGCGCUCCCGCGCCUCUACCGCAGCCAGUUUCCCAGCCUGCCCUCAGCAUUGCCUUGACCUCUGCCGUCCGUUGUCGGCGUCCGGGUUGGGUCCGGAAGGGAGAGCCAGACGUGCGUGGCGCGCCGGCUGUUGGGCCAGGGAGGUUAUCGAAGGUCGGUGGCCGACCCCGCUCUCCAGCGAGGCCCUCAACCUUAGGCCUUCGGUCUACGUUGUGCUUUGGGAUCCUAGCCUGCCUGACGGUGCUCGCUUCUCAAGCUUUUCGGCCCUGCGCGCAGUCAUUGGAGACGUGUCCUCCUCACGUGCGGUGUUCCACUCCUUCCCCUCACUUGCUGAGGCUAAGGUGUACUGCUACGGAGCCCAGUGGCCCUUGGACUCGUCACCGGACCCGGGCCGCCAGGUCUUGUGCCUUCCCAUAUUGCAAAGGAAUGGAGGCUUUCUCGCUGCGCUUCCAUCCGCCCUGCUAGCCUCGGCCCAGGAGAAUGCAUCUUCUCCCCUCCCCUCCGACCUGCUAGGCCCAUUUGUUACCGUGUCGGUGCCGGGCAUAGAAGACGAAGAUGCAGGCGAGGUCCCCGCAGGGGUGGACGUGGAGGUUCUGGUGGUGGACCUGGACGAAGCAAUCCUUGCUGCAAUGAGGCUGUACGAUCCCGUUACGGAUCUGGUGUUCGAGAGUUUCCUUCCCGAGGCGGCUCAUAUCAUGCCUCAGCCGGAGAUGUUGAUUGCAGCGGCAAAAGCUUGGGUGGAGGAGGAGGCCUCAGACCGCCUGGCCUUCUAUUCAGCCUCUCCGAAGAGGCCGGCUGCGAAGAAGAAGGUCACGAUGACCCAGCUCUCAGAGCAGGUGGCAGCAAUUGCCGCUGUUAUCCCCAGCCUGGCAGAUCAGAUCAGGCUGGUUGCAGAGAAGCAAGCCACGUCGUCGGCAACCCCUGUGGCUGCCGCUCCGCAGCCCCCGGCCGGUUUGCAGCAGGCUUUUCCCACCAUAGCGGCAGCUCCCGUGGCCGUCCCUCUGCAGCAGAUGGCAAAGCAGCUUCCCGCCCCGGGCCAGGUGCAACAUCAGGCAAAGGUUCCGCAGGCCGCCCCGGGCCCCGCCGGCUCAUCCUCAGACGGCUCCUCUCUCGCCAAGGCGGUGACUCAGCAAGGCGAGGCCCUCAGCCAACUAGUCGCCCACCUGAUCGCUCAGAGCGAGACGCUAGACCUCACUGGGAACUCGACCAGCCUUUCGGCAAAGGGCACGGCGAAGAGAGAGAAGUUGCAACAGGACUUGGCCUCUGGCAACACGAACUUCUUUCUCCAGGUUGUGCAGUCGGCCCACCGUCGCCUCUACCCUGCCUUGCCCCUGCCUUCUUCGGUGGAGGAGGCUCAGACUUCUGGCCGGGUUUCAAUAGUGAGCUACCUGGAGAGGACGGGGGGCUACGACCGGUCCCGCGAGCUGGGGAUGAUGAUGAUGCUUCUUGCUUCCAUUGCAGAUGCCUUCCUUAGGGGGGACAACCAUGCAGCCCGGGAGCAUACUGCCCUGGCCCUCGCAGCCACGGAGCAAGCUGCCAGCGACUCGGGCCGGUGGGACCUGGCCUUCCUGCUGAGCCUGGCCCUCUCUGAAUGUGUUUGCCCCCACACCGGCGAGCGGGGCAGGCUUUUGAGGUCUCCUCCGAACGCCGCUCAGCAGCGUGUCUUGACCUACCUCGAAGCACUUGUGAGAACCUACGGUAGUGGACAGGAGGAUGUCGUUCCCUCCUCCACCGGCCGCCGAAUGAAUGUGUUGCAUGCCAGGCUUUGUGAGGUUUCCGAGCACCUUACCCGACUUGGGUCUGUUGGUGACGCCUACCGCCAUGUGCCUUCAGGUGAGGACGUGCCGGCUGACACAGCCGAUGAGGCCCUUCAGCCCUACCGGGCCCUCGACGCCGAUCGCCUUAAGCUUGUUGGCCGUGCUCAGUGGGACCCGCAACCGUGGCUCAGCGAUGAUCUCUGGAUGGCCUAUGCCGAGCCCCAAAGCCUCCUCAUUUCGAGGACCCCGGCCGAGGACGAGUAUCCUGACUGUUCCCUGGAGGACCCCGAGCAGACUCUCAAGCUUGCUCUUUUAUGGGACAGCCUUGGGCUCCUCGUCAUCGUGCCUUCAUGCUUGUCCUUGGAAGGGUGCGAGUAUACUCGCAUUUUUAAUGCCCGCAAAAGCGCUGUCCUCGACAGACACAUCGGGGAUCGACGAGGGAGGAACUCAAUCGAAGCGCGGAUCUGUGGCCCUUCGGCAUCCCUACCGACCGGUGAAAGCCUCACCAGCAUCAGCGUCGAUCCUCGUACCGCUUCCCUGGCAAUGGGGGUGACAGAUAGACGAGACUUCUAUCACCAAUUGUCCGUUGAUGGCGCCCGCGCGGUGAAGAACAGGCUGUAUCCCCCCCUCUCUGCCGAGAGCCUGGCGGGGACCAAGGCAAUGAAGUUAUACCAGGAGCUGCACCCGGGCCAGAGGAUCCCGCUCACGUUUCAAGCUUGUUUCUCUUCUGUUCUUCAGGGAGAUCACUUGGGAGUGGAAUUCGCAACCAGUGCGCAUCUCUCUUUGCUUCAAGGGGCAGGCCUUUUGACCCCGGCCACCAGGAUCCAGGGGGGGAAACCUCUGCGCGACUCUCCUUUGCACGACGGGUUGAUAAUAGACGAUUUCUUCUGCAUCGCCAAGGUGCCAAGGAGCUCCACUGGCUCCCUUUCUCCGACUUCGUCUUCGCCUUGCCGUGAUGCGCUGGACCGGGCCCUGGCGGCCUACAGUGCCAACUCUAUCCUCGGAUCGCCUGAGAAAGACACUGCCAACGAGGUCGUCGCCAAGAUUGGUGGCGCUGAGCUAAACAGUGCCCCGGCCACCUUAGAUAGAGGUUUGUGCACCGCCGCUGCCCCUGCUGGAAAGAGAUUUGCGUUGACAUGUGUGACGCUUGACGUCGCCGCCCUUCCGGGGACCAGCGAUUCACUUCACCUUUGUUUGCUGGGGGCCUGGUCGUCGGUCCUCUCGUUUCGCCGGCCUGGUUUUUGCGUGCUUGACCGAGCCUUCUCCCUCGUCACUGCCGCUGCCACCGACCCGGCUAGGCCUAAGGUCUUGUCUUUGCCAAGAGCCGUCGCGCAGGAGUUUGUCCUUUUGUCGGCGCUCGCGCCGGUCUUGUGCGCAGACCUAGCGGCCCCUUCUUUGCCUUUCCUAUUUGCAACUGACGCCUCCGAGGGGAAGGGUGCCGCUUGCAUCGCAAAGAUCCCUCAGGCCACUAGCCAGCAUCUUUGGCAGGCCUCCGACCGGAAGGGCGCUUUUGCCCGCAUGGCACGCAGGACGCAGGGCCUCUUGCAGCGAGUCGACCCUAUGCACGAGGAGGUGCCCAGCCCCGGAACUCUUGCGCCGAGCCCCAAGAAGCUGCUGGCAUUCAUGUUUGAUUUUCUCGAGCUCUUUUCAGGCAGGGCCGAGGUUACUUCGGAAAUGUCUGCACGCGGCUGGGCAGUUGGGCCCCCCAUCCAUCACAGUCGGUCCCCGGCAUAUGAUGCCCGAAACCCGCAGGACUGGGUUGAACUGUGCCGGGGCUUUGCCAUCCUGCUCAAGAGCCGAAGCUUUCGUGUCUGCAUUGUCGCGGCAUUGCCUGCUGCCACGGCCGAGCAUCCUGAUGUGCAGGGGCUCCUCAGGCCCCUCGGGAAACUUGGAGUUGAGAAGACGUCCCUCUCCCUCUGCGCUUUCGGCUCCCCCUUCCGCAGGGACACUGUUCUUCUGAGCCUUCGUGUCGACCUUGCUGCUCUCGACCGGCCUUGUGCUUGUAAGCAGAAACACACCCAGGUGAGAGGGAGGAGAGCUGGGAGAGGCCCUGUUUACCCGUGGCUUUUUGCAUUCCAGGUUUCCGAGGCCCUUUCGUCAGGACUGCGUCGAAUGGGGCGUGAGGAUUUUGCCUGGAAGGUAUCGCACGAGGGCCUUGAGAGGCUCGUUGCUACCGACCUCGCCCUCGGGCUUCGCUGGCGCCCUCUCCUCGUCUGGGAGUGGAAGAGUGGUGCCCACAUAAAUAUAUUGGAGUCUUCGGCCCUCGUUCGCCUUUAUACCUGGAUUGCAGUGACCUUUGGCCGGGCUCGUUUCGUCAACCUUUGUGACUCUUUCGUUGCGCAGGCUGCACUGGGAAAGGGCAGGCAACCUCUAUUGCCCUACGAGGGCAAUGCCGGCCGACCGCCCGACGCGAGACGCUCCGAUGCCCCCUUCCAGUCGCUGGUUUUGGCCUUGAGCGCUGGACUGAGGAGGCCAUCCUCCGUGAUGCCGAGAGGCCCAGGCUACGAAG